GCCAGACGUGUGUCAUUCCAAAAGACAGCCGGCGGCAAUCCAACCCCCAACACCGCUGUGGGCAUCCAAACGCGCUUUGUACCCAUCCACCGUUUUCCCAGAAUGGCGUAUUUGUUGCCGCACCUGCACAGCGGGUGGGAGGUCGACCAGGCCAUCGUCACGGCGGAAGACCGGGUGGUCGUCAUCCGAUUCGGCCACGACAACGACGCGACGUGCAUGGUGCAGGACGAGAUACUGAUGAGCAUCGCCGACAAGGUCAAGAACUUUGCCGUGAUCUACCUCGUCGACAUCACGGAGGUCCCCGACUUCAACAACAUGUACGAGCUCUUCGAUGAGUAAGUGUGUGUGUGUGUGUGUGUGUGUGUGUGUGGUUGUGUGGCUGUGUGUGCAACAGUGUGCAUUUGUCUUUGUGCUUGUGGUUGGCGUGUCAAAGUGGGCGAGGUUGGGUGCUGCACCGAGAACACCGCUGUACCACCAAAGAACUAACGAAAGUCAUUCUCGUUCCAAUGCAAUACCGACGAACCCACCGCGACGAACGAUGCGUGUUGUGUUGCGAUGGUUGGUUUGUUGCGCCGGCGCAAACAAUCGUGUGUGCAUCGAUGCAUUCGUGGCUCCGAACCAUUGUCCCGGGGAACGCGACAACGCCCRCCAACAGUUGCACGACGAUGUUUUUCUACCGAAACAAGCACAUCAUGGUCGACCUCGGAACCGGAAACAACAACAAGAUCAAUUGGGCCCUGGCGGACAAGCAGGAAAUGAUCGACAUCAUCGAAAUGGUGUAUCGCGGGGCCAGAAAGGGACGGGGUCUGGUGGUCUCGCCGAAGGACUACUCGACCAAGUACCAAUACUAGUGGAAGCGGUACCGAUGGUGCGGCGGGGAGGGAGGGAACGGGCGCGCGGGAACGAACGAAGCGCCGGCGGGUUGGUUCGCUGCAAACCAUCGCACCGGAGGGACUUUUUUUGUGGGGAGGAGGUCGGGAGCGACGUGGCGGGUUGCUUGUGUCUCGCAAAGUGUGCCACAAAGAACAGAACCGAGGAAGGCUCUUGCGCAUUGCGAUUUCCGAUGGCCGYUGUGGUUGUGAGGUCUGGCUAGUCUUGGCUCCUUGCCGUGUGAAUUCCAGUGACAAGAAUYGGAGGGAACACUUUCGCUCGAGCGGGAGGCUCUGGAGCAUCGCUGCGAGACUGCAUGUGURCUUUCGCAAAGCGGGCUCGACACAACACCGCA